CACGCAUCACGUCAACCCUAUUUGUCCCAUCCAGGUCAUUCAUUCACUGUAUCGUUAUCAUCAUCUAGUCCAUCUAUCAACGGUGAUCAACGAGCAAAAACUUCAACUUCGAUACCUAAAGAGGGUGCUCCAAGCCGCCUGGUAGACUAGCGCAGAGGGGGAUUAGUUGUGGUUGCUAGGGAAAUCUCGAGACUCCCGUUAAUUAGUGACUCGGACCUCCCGCUUUCUACUCCUCCUGUAACUUCCCCUGCAUCACACCUCGCAACCGUCUAUCCCUUCCCCUUCACACCUGGCACCAUGGCUCUCAAUCACCCUCCACCGCUUCGUCUCAUCAUCAUCGCCCUCAUCGUCUUCAUCAUUGGUAUAGUCUCAAUCUCUCACCAUGAGAGCUCACCGUCCUGGUCGAGGCUGAGUAAAUCAUUUGUCGACAACCGAGCGUCAUCCUCAUCAUCCUCCUCCUUUUCUUCACAUUCUCCCACUUACCAUGGCCCUUCCUCCAUCUCCUCACUCUCACUCAAAGACUCCAAAUCACACGCUCAUCACGACACCCUUCCCAAAGUCCACUUGUUCAUCCCCAUCAACCAGAGAUUCGCAUACAAAGACGACGUGUUCUGCAAAUCUAUACAGAGCGCAAUUGUCAAUGGGUGGGAACCGAUCUUGUUCAAUUGGGAGUUGAUACAUGCAGAGCACAAGAAGGAGAAGAUUAGGGGGCUGCAAAAGAUCCUAUCGUCCUCUAAAUACACGUCAAAUUUCCACGAUGACGACCUGAUCUUCAUGAUGGAUGCAGAUGUCUGUCUUCAACUUCCCCCACAAGUCCUCGCCAAGCGAUUCGUCGAAGAAUAUGACAAAAAAGUCCUCGUUGCGGCUGAGAAGAAUUGCUCACCGAAUGGGAAGAACACGCACGCGUGUCUAGAUGCACCGCCUGCACCUUUGAUUGAGGAACUUUUCUGGCUUUCAGAGGAACCUCACGUUUUGGAUCUGUCGGAGAAAUUGCCCACACACGCCAACUCGGGCACUGUUCUCGGUCGAUUCAAGAAGAUGAAGAAGUUUUAUAAUGAGUUGGUGGAAUUCAUGAAAGAUGAUCCGUUCACAGACGAUGAUGAUCAGCAUCUGUUCAACGAGGCCGUCGCUGAUCGUAAAGUCGAUCUCGACUUCACCGCCCGACUCUUUUGGCCAGCUGGAGACGAUUCUGCCAAUUUCAUGUUCAUGAACACUCCACAAUCUGUGCAAGAUGACGCAGAUCCAGGGAUCACACCUUGGGAACUUUAUCCCCCACUGGGAUGGCAUACGCUCUUUGGACAUCCACCUGUGGGUAUCCAUUUCGCAGGUGAUGUCAAGGACAGAAAAAAGGAAUGGUGGAACAAGCUCUGGUGGGCAUCUCAUAAACGAUUCAGGAGGAUCGUUAGGGAACGUAUGGAUCGAGGACAGGUCGAAUUCGUCGAAGAGGAUGGGUAUAGUCGAAAGACGAUCCAAGAAGUGUGUCCCAAGCUGGAAGUCUGGGACUGGGAUCUAUUGGAUACGAGGGAGUUGCAUGAGACUGAGCAGGCAUAGACUUUUAGGAUACCAUACGCAUCGUCAUCCAUGUAUACAGAGAGAGAGA